ACAAAAAAAAAAGCAUAAAUUACUACUAGUAUAGUAUAGUUGUAUACCAAAAGGCAAGAAAGUUGGGCACCUUAAAUGAAAAUAUCCAGUGUUGGUGUUUGAAUAAAUUUACCCUUAACAAUAAGAUGCGCAUUCAUUUGAUGCUUUGAUGGUUCGCCAAAAAAAAAAAAAACAAAUCCCUAAUGAAAAGGGAUAGCUAGAAGGUCGUACAGCCAGUCUGCAGAAAAGUUGUCUCCCAUAAAGUCCCUUCUAGUUUUAGGGCACUCACCUAUUUAUUUUUCCUCUCCUUCAACCCAUAAAAACGGAAAAAAAAAGGCCUUUCCUUUCUCCAAUUACUUCCAAACUUGACACUGUAAAGCUAAGGCUUUUUCUCCCUCAGCUUUCAAAGUUUCUUAGGUUCUUUUCCCUCCAGCUACAACUCUGCAGUCUUGUGACUCUUGUUCUGAUUUGAGCAAGUUCAUUCCUUGAUAAUUUGCACCACUUCAUAAGCCUCUUAAUUAUCAUUCAGAAAUUUCUUUUGCCUUUCUCUUUAAAAUCUACUGCUUAAUUAUGCCUUUGGUGAAAGUCUUUAACCUUGCAAACCCCUUUUAAUCUUAUCUCAUGAAACGGGUUCAUUUGAGAUACGUUAUCUGAAACUCCUUGUGGCCAUCAUUUUUUUCCUCCUUUCAAUAUGUAUGUACUUCUUCCCUUGAAUUCUUCUGGCCUCUGUGCCUUCUUCAGAAUUGCCUUGCAAGCUUGUUUAAAUAGAUACAUAAGAUGCCAAGGCCAAAGGCAAGUACUGCUGCUGAGUCAGUGGAAUCUGAAGGACCAAGUGAGCCUGAACAGCCUGUUGAGUCUGAUGAGAGGGUUGAUCUUGAUGAAGACAACGAUCCCGAGGAGACCAUGGAAGAAGAGGUGGAGUAUGAAGAAGUAGAGGUGGAAGAAGAAGAGGAAGAAAUAGAGGAGGAGGUGGAAGAAGAGGUUGACGAAGAGGAUCAGGAUGGUGAAAAUGACAAUGGGGCAGAUUCUGAUGAGGAUGAAAAGAGGAAACAUGCUGAGCUUCUCUCUCGUCCUCCUCAUGGUUCUGAAGUAUAUAUAGGAGGCAUUCCACAUGAUGCUUCUCAGGAGGAUUUGAAAGGCUUUUGUGAAUCUGUUGGAGAAGUUACUGAGGUUCGGAUUAUGAAAGGUAAAGAUUCAAGUGAAAACAAGGGCUUUGCAUUUGUGACCUUUAGAAGCGUAGAAUUGGCCUCUAAAGCCAUUGAUGAGCUAAAUAAUGCUGAAUUUAAGGGUAAAAAAAUUAAAUGUUCUACAUCCCAAUCAAAGCAUCGAUUGUUUAUUGGUAAUAUUCCUAGAAGCUGGGGAGAGGAAGACUUGAAGAAGGUUGUGUCAGAGGUUGGGCCUGGAGUUACUGGUUUGGAAUUGGUUAAGGAUAUGAAGAACUCAAGUAAUAACAGGGGCUUUGCCUUUAUUGAGUACUAUAACAAUGCAUGUGCUGAGUAUUCAAGGCAGAAGAUGAUGAACCCAGAAUUCAGGCUGGGUGAUAAUGCUCCAACUGUGAGCUGGGCUGAUCCUAAAAAUGCUGAUUCUUCUGCUUCUUCUGCUUCUUCUGCUUCUUCUCAGGUAUUAGUAAAGGCAGUUUAUGUAAAGAAUUUGCCAAAGGAUGUGACUCAAGAUCAGUUAAAGAAGCUAUUUGAACAUCAUGGAAAGAUCACAAAAGUUGUUCUUCCUCCAGCAAAACCUGGACAAGAGAGAAAUAGAAUUGGUUUUGUUCACUUUGCAGAGAGAUCUUGUGCCAUGAAAGCGCUAAAGAACACAGAAAAAUAUGAACUGGGCGGCCAAGUUGUAGAAUGUUCUCUUGCAAAACCACAAGCAGAUCAGAAGGCUCCUGGGGUGUCAAGUUCUCAGAAUUCAGGUUUUCUUCCUAAUUAUCAACCUCACAUUGGCUAUGGUCUGGUUGGGGGUGCAUAUGGUGCUCUAGGUCCAGGAUAUGGUGUUGCUGGUCUUACGCAGCCCUUGAUCUAUGGAAGGGGACCAACUCCCACUGGCAUGUCAAUGAUGCCAAUGCUUCUACCUGAUGGUCGAAUUGGAUAUGUUCUCCAACAACCGGGAGCUCAACCCCAAAGCCCACCUGUAAAUCAGAGAAAUAGUAGGGGUGGUGGCAAGAGUGGUGGUGUCAGUUCAAGCAGGGGAAAACACAGCAAUGAUAGCCGGAGGUAUCGACCUUAUUGAUUGCUGCUUAUAUUAGAUUAUAAUGGUGGAUGGGGACUGUAUUUAAUGAUUCCCCUUGCAGUCUCCUCAAAUUGUUCAUUUUUCAGUUAUAAACCAAAUGCCUAGUUUCCAGUGUGAUUGAAAUUUGAUGUAUGAAAUGAUUGUCCACAAAACAUCUAGUUCAUUUGUUACUUCUGUCUUGCUGAUAUACUUAAAUACGUUUUAGCAGUUGCUGGUUA